UGAGACCCGGUGAAACUGCGCUCCCAUGAGCUUGUGUGUGUGUGUGUGUGUGUGUGUGUGUGUGUGUGUGUGUGUGUGUAACAGCCAAUCAGAGUGUGCGCGUGCUGUCCGGAAGUCCUCACUCUGCGGCAGGUUGUUGUAUUUGAUUUAACGGGACGUUACCGACUCUUAACGCGGUGGAUUAACGUGUGUCGCCGCUGAAACUGCGCAGUGUGGUUACCGGAGGCAACAGCUGCCGUUACCGGGGAGCACGAGGCUGACUGAGAGCCGAGGCUUCACCGAACAAACUGACCGAAACUCCGCCGGGAACACCUGCCCGCCCCGCUCCGCUCCGCCCCGCGCCGCGCCGCCGCACCGGGGACAUGGGGACUCAAAGUUGUCCGGUUGUUUAGACGAAGAAACUUCCGGUUACACGGAUUCUGAUGGAUUCUUGAUGGGAGCGACGGCACGAGCGUAGUUUGUUGGUCGGUUGUUCGGGAACAAGAUGUCUGUGAACGAGUUGUACACAAAGUUGACCCGGGUGUGGAUCCCCGACCCUGACGAUGUGUGGAAGGCUGCAGAGAUCACCAGAGAUUAUAAAGAAGGAGAGCCGGUGCUUCACCUCAAACUGGAGGAUGAGACGCCCCUGGAGUACUCCGUGGGUCCAAAAAGUAACCCUCUUCCUUUCCUACGUAACCCCGACAUCCUGGUGGGAGAGAACGACCUCACGGCUCUCAGUUACCUUCAUGAACCUGCAGUCCUGCACAACCUUAAGGUCCGCUUCCUGGAGUCCAACCACAUCUACACCUACUGUGGUAUUGUGCUGGUGGCCAUCAACCCGUACGAGCAGCUGCAAAUUUACGGAGAGGAGGUGAUCCUGGCGUACAGCGGUCAGAACAUGGGGGACAUGGACCCUCAUAUAUUCGCUGUGGCUGAAGAGGCCUACAAACAGAUGGCCAGAGACGAGAGGAAUCAGUCCAUCAUUGUGAGCGGAGAAUCUGGAGCAGGAAAGACGGUUUCUGCAAAGUACGCCAUGCGUUUCUUCGCCACGGUGGGUGGUUCAGCUAAUGACACUAACGUGGAGGAGAAGGUUCUCGCCUCCAGUCCCAUCAUGGAGGCUAUUGGAAACGCAAAAACCACUCGGAACGACAACAGCAGUCGCUUUGGAAAGUACAUUCAGAUCGGUUUCAACCGACAUUACCACAUCAUCGGUGCCAACAUGAGGACGUACCUGCUGGAGAAGUCUCGGGUGGUGUUUCAGGCUGAAGAUGAGAGGAACUAUCACAUCUUCUACCAGCUGUGUGCCUCCGCCAGUUUACCUGAGUUCAAAGACCUCAGCCUCACCAGCGCAGAGGAUUUCACCUUCACGUCUCUGGGAGAGAACAUCUUCAUCGAGGGAGUGAACGAUGCCGAGGACUUUAAGAAGACCAGAGAGGCCUUCACGCUGCUCGGGAUUAAGGACGGAAGUCAGAGCAGCAUUUUCAAAGUGGUCGCCUCCAUCCUCCACCUGGGAAACAUCGAGAUCUGCUCCGAGAGGGACGGCGAGUCCUGUCACGUCUCAAGAGACGACCUCCACCUGCAGCACUUCUGCAGGCUGCUGGGGGUGGAGCUGCAGCAGAUGGAGCACUGGCUCUGUCACAGGAAGUUGGUCACAGCGUCUGAGACGUACGUGAAGAAUAUGUCGAGCGCACAGGCGGCCAACGCCCGCGACGCGCUCGCCAAACACAUCUACGCCCGCAUGUUUGACUGGAUCGUGGAGCACAUCAACAAGAGCCUGCAUACCUCCACCAAACAGCACUCCUUCAUUGGAGUCCUGGACAUCUAUGGCUUCGAGACGUUCGAGGUCAACAGUUUCGAGCAGUUCUGCAUCAACUACGCCAACGAGAAGCUCCAGCAGCAGUUCAACUCGCAUGUCUUCAAGCUGGAGCAGGAGGAGUACAUGAAGGAGCAGAUCCCCUGGACUCUGAUCGACUUCUACGAUAACCAGCCCUGCAUUGACCUGAUUGAGGCUCGCCUCGGCAUCCUCGACCUGCUCGAUGAAGAGUGUAAAGUGCCUAAGGGGACGGAUCAGAACUGGGCCCAGAAGCUCUACCAGCAGCACAGCAGCAGCAGCGCCCACUUCAAGAAACCUCGUAUGUCCAACACCUCCUUCAUCAUCAUACACUUCGCUGAUAAGGUGGAGUAUCAGUGUGAAGGCUUUCUGGAGAAGAACAGAGACACUGUGUACGAGGAGCAGAUCAACAUCCUGAAGGCCAGUCAGUUUCAGCUGGUAGCAGAUCUGUUCCAUGAGAAGGACGACAUCGUCCCACCAAAGUCUUCCAGAGUGAAUGUCCGCGCAGCGAAGACCACCCCCAAAGCUCCCAACAAGGAGCACAGGAAGACUGUGGGACAUCAGUUCCGCAGUUCUCUUCACCUCCUCAUGGAGACUCUGAAUGCGACGACUCCUCAUUACGUUCGCUGCAUCAAACCAAAUGACGACAAAGAGGCGUUCACGUUCGACUCGAGGCGAGCCGUGCAGCAGCUCCGAGCCUGCGGAGUCCUGGAGACCAUCCGUAUCAGUGCGGCCGGGUAUCCAUCCAGGUGGACGUACCCAGACUUCUUCAGCAGGUAUCGAGUGUUGUUGAAGAAGUCCGACAUGACGUCAGCUGACAAGAAGCUGGUGUGUAAAAACCUGCUGGAGACUCUGAUCAAGGAGCCGGACAUGUUCCAGUUCGGUAAGACAAAGAUCUUCUUCAGAGCAGGACAGGUGGCGUACCUGGAGAAGCUCCGGGCCGACAAGUUCCGCUCGGCGUGUAUCAAGAUCCAGAAGACGGUUCGAGGUUGGCUGCAGAGAGUUCGAUAUCGCAAGAUCCACAAGUCCGCCAUCACUCUGCAGAGAUACGGCCGAGGAUACCUGGCUCGCAGAUAUGCCGACUUCCUGCGGCAAACUCGAGCUGCCCUCAUCUGUCAGAAACAGUACCGCAUGGUGAGAGAGCGACGGGCCUAUCUGAGGGUGAGACAGGCCGUCGUCACCAUCCAGGCAUUCACCAGAGGGAUGUUCACCCGCCGGAUCUACUGGGAGUUCCUGCUGCACCACAAGGCCAUGAUCAUCCAGAAGUACGUCCGCGGCUGGCUGCAGAGGACCAAGUUCAGACGAGCGCGCGAAGCCGCCAUCACCAUCCAGUGUGCCUUCAGAUGCGUGCGAGCGAAGCGCCAGCUGCAGCAGCUGAAGAUCGAAGCUCGCUCCGCCCAACACCUGAAGAAGCUCAACACGGGCAUGGAGAACAAGAUCGUCCAGCUGCAGAGGAAGAUGGACGAUCAGUCCAAAGAGUACAGGACUCAGGCUGAACAGCUGGUGCAGGUCAACACCAGUCUGUCCUCGGAGGUGGACAAGCUGCAGAAGCAGCUGGAGCACGUCCGCAGUCAGCAGGUCGGAGGAGGUCAGCUGACCUCACUGCAGGAGGAGCUGGAGAGGCUGAGGGAGGAGCUACAGGAAGCCAUCGCCCACAGGAAGAGGCUGGAGGAGGAGCACAGCACCGAAAAGCUGGGGCUCCAACAGAGGGUGGAGGAGCUGGAGACGGAGAACACUCUGCUGAAGAGUGAAAAAGAAGAGAUGAACCAGAAGAUUCUUCAGCAGUCAAAGAGAAGUGAAGAGGACGGCAGCAGCAUGUCUCAGAAGGAGGCGUCUCUGCAGAAGGAGCUGGAUGAUGAGCGGCAGCGUUACCAGAAUCUGCUCAAAGAGUUCUCCAGACUGGAGCAGCGCUAUGACAACCUGAAGGAGGAGGUGUCCCUGACCAAGUUCCACCCCGGCCACAGGAGGAACCCGUCCAAUCAGAGCAGCCUGGAGUCGGACUCUAACUACCCGUCCAUCUCCACCUCAGAGAUUGGAGACACUGAGGACUCCAUCCAGCUGGUGGAGGAGAUGGGGGUGGAGAAGGCUGCGAUGGACAUCAGUCUGUUCAUGAAGCUGCAGAAGAGAGUCCGAGAGCUGGAGCAGGAGAGGAAGAGACUGCAGGUCAACAUGGACAAGAUGGAGGAGCUCGUCAAGCGCAAGGGCUCCGAGUCGAGGAGUCCCCCCUCUGAGCAGGAGACAGCUGACCUGGCCUACAACAACCUCAAGAGACAGGAGCUGGAGUCAGAGAACAAGAAGCUGAAGAACGACCUGAACGAGCUGAGGAAGACCAUCGCUGAGCGAGCAGCUCAAAACAACUCGUCCAACGAACUGCAGGACAGCUACAACCUGCUGCUCAGUCAGCUCAAGUCAGCCAAUGAAGAGCUGGACGCUCGCAAAGAGGAAGUCCUGAUCCUGAGGACCCAGAUAGUGAGCGCCGUACAGCUCCAGGAGAAAAACGAUCACAUGCAGGAGAUGAAUAAAGUUCCUGACGUGGACGACAGCAAAGAGCCGGCGGAUAAAGAGGAAGCUCUGAAGGCGUAUCAUGGACUGUGUGAGUCCAAAAAGCUGCUGGAGGCUCAGCUGCAGACUCAGUCCAGGCAGCACAAAGACGAACUGGAAGCUCUCCACACUCAGAUCGAGCUGCUGAGAGUCGACAUCGAGAAGAAGCAGGAGCUCCUCAACUACACGUCGUCUCUGUCUCCUGAGGCUCAGGUGGAGUACAGCGUCCAGCAGGAGAUCACACGGCUCACCAACGACAACCUGGACCUCAAGGAGCUGGUGGAGAAACUGGAGAAGAACGAGAGGAAGCUGAAGAAACAGCUCAGGAUCUACAUGAAGAAAGUCCAGGAGUUAGAAGUGUCUCAGGCUGCAGCUCAGUCCAGCAGGUCCAGGCCUGAGCUGAGUCGGCAGGUCACCGUCCAGAGGAAAGAGAAGGACUUUGAGGGCAUGUUGGAGUACUACAAGGAGGACGAGGCCCUGCUGAUCAAAACCCUGAUCACAGACAUCAGGCCCAACACAGUGUCGGCGACGGUUCCCUGUCUGCCCGCUUAUAUUCUCUUCAUGUGCAUCCGCCACGCCGACUACAUCAACGACGACCAGAAGGUGGAGUCUCUGCUCACCUCCACCAUCAACGCCAUCAAGAAGGUCCUCAAGAAAAACAACGAUGACUUUGAGAUGACGUCCUUCUGGCUGGCGAACACCAGCCGGCUGCUUCACUGUCUGAAGCAGUACAGUGGUGAUGAGGCGUUUAUGACGCAGAACACGAGUAAACAGAACGAACACUGUCUGAAGAACUUCGACCUGGCCGAGUACCGACAGGUGCUGAGUGACCUCUCCAUCCAGAUCUACCAGCAGCUCAUUAAAGUGGCAGAGGGCAUCAUACAGCCCAUGAUCGUGUCGGCCAUGUUGGAGAGUGAGAGCAUCCCCAGCCUGGCGGGGGUUAAGCCGAUGGGCUACAGGAACCGCUCGUCCAGCAUGGACACUGACACCGGCGGCCCCAGCAGCUACACUCUGGAGGCCCUCAUCAGGCAGCUAGGACAGUUCCACGGCAUCAUGCGGGACCACGGUCUGGACCCUGAGAUCGUGGGUCAGGUGGUCCGACAGCUCUUCCACUGCAUCAACGCCGUCACCCUCAACAACCUGCUGCUGCGCAAAGACGUGUGCUCCUGGAGCACCGGCAUGCAGCUCAGGUACAACACCAGUCAGAUGGAGGAGUGGCUCAGAGCCAACAACCUGUACCAGAGUAAAGCUGCAGCCACUCUGGAGCCCAUCAUCCAGGCCGCUCAGCUGCUGCAGGUCAAGAAGAAGACCACUCAGGACGCCGAGGCCAUCUGCUCGCUGUGCACUGCCCUCACCACCCAGCAGAUUGUGAAGAUCCUGAACCUCUACACGCCUCUGAACGAGUUUGAGGAGCGCGUCACAGUGUCCUUCAUCAGGAACAUUCAGAAUCGUCCUCAGCAGAGAAACGAUGCUCCUCAGCUCCUGGUGGACACCAAGUACAUGUUCCCCGUCCUCUUCCCGUACACCCCGUCUGCUCUCAGCCUGGAGACGCUGCACAUCCCCGCCUCCAUCGGCCUCGACUUCCUCGUCAGAGUCUGAAGUCUGGAAUAGACGGGAGACCACUGACAGUAAACUGACCACACAUCAGCUUUAAACCAUCACAUAUCUACCGCCAUCUGUCAGAGUCCACCUACUUCCUGACAGACACGUUCAGACACGUUUACUGACUCGAGUUCAUCGUCAUGUGUCUGAAACACGUGGAGACCCGGCAGAGACCAACAGCAGCAGUGCAGACAAUCACAUCCACCACUCUUCUUCUUCUUCUUCUUCUUCUUCUUCUUCUUCUUCUUCUUCUUCUUCUUCUGUAUCCUCUCCUUCUGUCGCACACCAUUCACAGCAGUGCCUCCAGUCCUGCGUCCCCUGACAGUGAGUGUGACACUACAGGAAGUGAGGACAGACGUUAAGUGAUAGACGUGAACAGAAGGAACAGGAACGUGUCCCGCAGGAUGAGGAAGGUUAUUGAGAAGUUUGAGGAAAGCUGCGGGAGAACAGAGAGAAAAGAGUCUCUGUAGUUUUUAUGAUCCACAGACAAAACAUGUUUACUGUCCACAAACAAACACCACAGGACUCAUAAACAGAUCAGUAAUCAAUAACCUGAACUUCCUGAUCAUGUACAUAAGUUCUUCUGUGUUAAUUUACCGUUCGAUUAAUCGUCAGGUCACAUUCCUCUGAGGCUAAAACAUGAAGCCGCAACCUGCAGUUCCUCUAAUGUCCACUAGAGGCUGGCUCCAGCAGUGAGUCAGUCCCCACAGAGCUCCACGCUAACAUGUAGAAACAAACACGUUUACAGCCUGGUACAAAAACACUAAUGUCAACAUUCAUGACAACUUUUAAAGGCGGGGCCUCUUUGAGUGUCGUCCGUUGACAAGUUGUUACCACGGUAAUAACGGUUAGGUAAGAUAACCAUGGCGUAACCCCAGACUCACAGAGCACAGGCGUAUCCGUCACAGGUCAUUAGAGUUCAUCGUAACAUUUUGCGCGCAUAAAAAAAACAGCGUUGAUUUUUUUAACAUUAUUUUUUCUGUGAUCGAUUAAUCGAAAUUGACAUGUUAUUUUGACAGCCCUAUUUUUGAUCCUUUUUUGUGCACCCUGACACUGCAUUUAUAUUUAGGUACCAAAACAAUCCCAGUUUUAAUUAAUUUAUUUUUAACUGUGAAUUAGAAAAUGAUUGGAGGGCCACCAGGCAUCCAAUCAGGGGCCAGAUUUGGUCCCCGGGCCAAACGAUGAUCAGUACAUUUCAUUUUAAUGGUUUUAAGACGUUAGAUUGCUAGCAACAAUUAGCAUUAGCACAAUGAACCAUAGCUGUAAAUUCACUGUGCGUUAGUGUUAACUCAACGCUCUCCUCCAAAUAUGGUCACGCCUGGCUCCCAGAAAAAAAGACAGUAUGGCGACGACCAAAACGCCGAAGUGGAGGCUUCAAAACAGGCGUCCACAAACCAGUGGGUGACAUCGCCAUGGAUACGUCCAUUAUUUAAUUAUUUCAUCAAGUCUGUGAUUUUGUUCGGACACGUGUGUAGCCACAGUCAGAUUGAAGCGUACACAACGCACGUCUACAAACUCUGCCCACCACUAGAACAAGACAAACCCACGAACACCGUGGUUAUAAAGUAAAUAAAACAUGCGGCACGUGUACGGGCCUGUAAACACAAACAGUAAUGGCUUGUUUACAGUCGGAGACGUCUUGUAAGCAGUUUGACGUCCGGUUCAGACCAAAGAUUAGUGACGAGAUGAAACCGUUUCAGAGCGUUGCAGAGGAAAGUAGCAGCGGUGUGACCUGGACUCAAGCCAGCUGAUGAUGUCACCUGACACUAGCACUAAAAUAUCCCUGCUGAACUUUAUAAAUAUGUGUGUGCGGAGAAUACUGACGUGGAUCCAGGCCGGUUAAUGUUUGUGGAUAGAAACAUGUUUUUCAGAAAUUGAGAUGAGUCAGUGAAUCAGCGGAGCGGAGACCGCCGCCAGAGGAGCUCUGGUCGUCAUGACCAGAUCCUGACGGCGUCACAGAGUCGUUCAUGUGUUGAUUUCUGAACACGUCAGUCUGGAUUAUUAAAAGUCUCUGACAGUCGGGUCGGUUUAAUGAAUCAAAACUGACAAACACUUUUUGCUGCUUUUCUUUUGUCUCUUUUUAUAAUCACCCGUACUGACUUGUAUCUGACAUAUAUACAUCAUGUAUAUGUGGACCUCCUCAGCCUUGUGCUCUUACUCACUUUGACUUCUCUAAUCUCUCUUAUAUAUUUGAGUGUAAAUGGUUUUCUAUCCUCGCAGCUCAUUUAGAGCCUCUUUUUUUCUUGUGUGAUUUUGAACACUAAUUAAUCCUUGAAACACACAAAGUGAAAGAACAGAAACACUGAGUGACGACAUGAUGUUACUCAGGAUGCAGUCAACUCCUGAUGAAGCUUCAGCCUGAGUGAUUAUUUGCACUGGUAGAGAGGAACACUGAUGGUGUCUGAGGACAAACUGAACCCUUUUCUCAGAAAACAACACUCAUCUUUUUAUGAAGUGAAACUGUAGUAACGAUGAAGUUUGUGUCACUGCGACAUGUUUGAUCUCUUGUGUGGAAGUUAAAAACAGUCAAAUAAAAUAAUAAUAUAUAUUUUCAUAAGAGCAGCACAGCAGGGCAGCAGUUUGUAAAAUAGUCCCAGUUCAGUUUGUUGAAUCUUUUCUCUCUGAGCGAAGCACAAAGUCACUUCCUGUUUCAGAGCAGAUAUUUUUGAGAUGAAGCCGCUGACAGAUACAAAUGUUUUCUUUGCUUGUUCAUGAUUUGAUGUUCUGAUUCGUCUCUGUCGUCAGAUAGUGAAUAAAACCUUUGUUUUUCCUGCAAAAACCAAA